AUGUCUGACGAGUAUAUGAAAGCUUUAGAGAUUCAGCGUAGGAAUUUCGAGGCGCAGUUUGGGUCGAUAGAAACGCUUGGAUUUGAAGAUAAAACGAAGAAAGAGGAGAGUGAAGAUGAGAGCGAUGAGGAGAGCGAUGAGACAUCAGGUGAUGAUAAUGGAACAGAUAAUGAAGUAGAUGAAGAAGAGGAGGAUUCUAGUGAUGAAGAAGGUCAUGGGAAACUCAUUAGUAGAAAAGAUGGGACACCAAAGGGCAAGAAUGUUAAAAAUAAAUCAGUAGACUCUGCUACACCAAAGGUUAUAAAACUUUCAUCAUUUUCAAGUCAACCUACUGUCCUUUCUCGUGCCGAUAAGAAGCUUUUACAAUCUGGAAGAGCGGCCACUUUGGCAGAAAUAUCACGUAAGGAACGUGAGUUGAGUAAACUUACCAAGAAACAACAACAACAAGGAGCCAAGGAAGACGAUGAUAAUUUGGAAAAUGAUCUUCAACUUCAAAGACUUCUUCAAGAAUCUCACAUUCUUGCUGGCAGCAAUGAUAUGCAUUCCGGUGCAGACUUGACUUUGCAAACCAUUGAUUAUGAGGAGCCUACAGGGAAGGCCAGAAAGAGAACUUUGGACUCGAGAAUCCGAACAUUGGCGGCCACCAACUCGAAAACUGGCGGGUUACCAAAGAAGCUUGAAAAGAUGCCCAUGUCCAUGAGAAAGGGGAUGAUUCGUAGUCACGAUGAAAGAGUGAGAAAGUACGAAGAAGAGGCCAGAAACGCAGGUAUAGUGUUGUCUAAGGUGAAGAAGGGAGAACGUAGAAGCUUGAACCUAGGCAAGGGAUCUACCUUGGCGAGCGACCGGAUAGGGACCGGGAAGAAGAAGGAGGUCAGAAUUAGAGAUAGAGGACUUAAAAUCAGCUCUGUGGGUAGAUCCACAAGAAACGGGUUGGUUAUUUCACAAGUGGAUAUUGAUAGAAUUAACGGUAAGGGUAAAAGUAAUAAAUCCAAGGGGAGACGCUAA